ACUACUGCUCCUACAACAACUACUGCUCCUACAACAACUCCUGCUCCUACAACAACUACUACUGCUCCUACAACUACUACUGCUCCUACAACAACUACUGCUGAUACUACGACAACUACUGCUCCUACAACAACUACUGCUCCUACAACAACUACUGCUGAUACUACGUCAACUACUGCUCCUACAACAACUACUGCUGAUACUACGUCAACUACUGCUCCUACAACAACUACUGCUGAUACAACAACUCCUGCUCCUACAACAACUACUGCUCCUACAACAACUACUGCUCCUACAACAACUACUGCUCCUACAACAACUACUGCUCCUACAACAACUGCUCCUACAACAACUACUGCUCCUACAACAACUACUGCUCCUACAACAACUACUAGUCCUACAACAACUACUGCUCCUACAACAACUACUGCUCCUACAACAACUCCUGCUCCUACAACAACUACUACUGCUCCUACAACUACUACUGCUCCUACAACAACUACUGCUCAUACAACAACUACUGCUCCUACAACAACUACUGCUCCUACAACAACUACUGCUCCUACAACAACUACUGUUCCUACAACAACUACUGCUCCUACAACAACUACUGCUCCUACAACAACUACUGCUCCUACAACAACUGAUACAACUACUGCUCCUACAACAACUACUGCUCCUACAACAACUCCUGCUCCUACAACAACUACUGCUCCUACAACAACUACUGCUGAUACUAUGUCAACUACUGCUCCUACAACAACUACUGCUCCUACAACAACUACUGCUGAUACUACGACAACUACUGCUCCUACAACAACUACUGCUCCUACAACAACUACUGCUGAUACUAUGUCAACUACUGCUCCUACAACAACUACUGCUCCUACAACAACUACUGCUGAUACUACGUCAACUACUGCUCCUACAACAACUACUGCUCCUACAACAACUACUGCUCCUACAACAACUACUGCUCCUACAACAACUACUGCUGAUACUACGACAACUACUGCUCCUACAACAACUACUGCUCCUACAACAACUACUGCUCCUACAACAACUACUGCUGAUACUACGUCAACUACUGCUCCUACAACAACUACUGCUCCUACAACAACUCCUGCUCCUACAACAACUACUACUGCUCCUACAACAACUACUGCUCCUACAACAACUCCUGCUCCUACAACAACUACUGCUCCUACAACAACUACUGCUGAUACUCAACUGUCAACUACUGCUCCUACAACAACUACUGCUCCUACAACAACUACUGAUACAACAACUACUGCUCCUACAACAACUACUGCUCCUACAACAACUACUGCUGAUACUAUGUCAACUACUGCUCCUACAACAACUACUGCUCCUACAACAACUACUGCUGAUACUACGUCAACUACUGCUCCUACAACAACUACUGCUCCUACAACAACUACUGCUCCUACAACAACUACUGCUGAUACUAUGUCAACUACUGCUCCUACAACAACUCCUGCUCCUACAACAACUACUGCUGAUACUACGUCAACUACUGCUCCUACAACAACUACUGCUCCUACAACAACUCCUGCUCCUACAACAACUACUACUGCUCCUACAACUACUACUGCUCCUACAACAACUACUGCUGAUACUACGACAACUACUGCUCCUACAACAACUACUGCUCCUACAACAACUACUGCUGAUACUACGUCAACUACUGCUCCUACAACAACUACUGCUGAUACU